AUGGAACCAACACUCACUCUACAAAUCUCAUUCAUCCUGCUCGGCCGGCGAGACACCCGCAUACUCGACCCAACCUUACUCUCUCCUCACGAACAAGCGACAACCCCCAUCCACCUCAUCCUCCAGACGCUCCAGCAUUUCUGCCCCUCCCUCCCCAUCCACACAUGGGCCAUCGAGACCCCCGACCGGGAAAUCCCACCCCUGGACAAACUGUCGCCGAAAGCAAAGCGCGCACACGCCGCCACCCAAGCCGCAGCGCACAACGACGCCCAGCGCGCCGGAGAGCAGCACUGGCGCGCCCUGACAUGCGACAGCCGCGAACUCUGGAUGCUGCGCCCUGCGCCGCGCGACUCGACGGCCCUGAGCCCCGUCGACGCGCACACUUGGCGCGAAGGAGACGCGAAUCUCACUGCUGCCGAGGCCGCGCACCUAGGCCGCAAUAGCUGGGCGUGUCCUGUGCUGCUGCAGAGGUUUGGGAUUCCCGUUGAUGUCACCUCUGCGGCAUGGGAGCGCUUUGUCCGCGAGGCGCGCGAGGUGCUUGGCGUGUUGCGGCGUGCGUUUGUGGAUUUUCAAGGUGUGGUUCUAGGGUUGGAAGGGGAGGUGAAGUAUUGGGAUUUGGUUGUUGGGGGGAGCUGCUUUCUCAAGAUGGUUGUGGAGCCGGUUGAGGCUGGCGUGGGGCAUAGGGUGCUGGUGUUGGCGGCUGCGUUUGAGCCGGACCUGGACUUGUUGCGCUCGACGGGGGAAGUGAUGCGGUUUGUGGGCGUGGGGAGGUGGUUGGAGUGGAUGCUGUUGGGGAAGAUGGCGAGGGCGCAACGCGAGGCGUGGCGCUGUUUGGGGAAAGCGACGCAUUGCACACGUGGCGAGGAGCAGUGGGAGAAUGAUCUCGGUGUCGAAGAUGAGAGGUAUCGAAGGACAAAAGGAAGGCCCCGUGAGUGGUGGGACGUUGUGAACGACCUGGACGAAACCGAGAUAGUGGAGGGAAUGCGUAAGUUCGAAAGCAGCGGAAACAACAGACUCGGAAUCGCUCUCCACCCAUCCUCAGACCAUACCUACCAACUCCAUUUCCAAGGUCGACGCAGCACACUAGACGCCGAGCAACUGAUCGCCUACACCGAACUCCUCGCACACAUCAUCGACACAGCACAAGCAAUCCGUCCCUCUACCAUCGCCGAACAGCUCGAGAACCUCCAACUCCACCCGUCGCCCACCUCCACAGACCGCUUCUCGAACAUGCUCAGCUUCCUAAGCCACGACAGCUCCAAUGCAUCGCAAACCGCACUCACAGCCCUUCUCAACCCAAUCGACUGCACGUCUCCCUCUGAGCCAGAAAGCUCUACACUGCCAGCUCCGCAGCCCACGCGGCCACGAGAAGCCGUCGAUCCCUUCUACAGCACACGUGCGUAUCUCGAGACAAAGUGUGCAGCGGAGAGAGCGGAUAUGGUGUGUUUCAUCGAGAGGUAUAGUAGAGCUGGUGGGUACCAGCCAACGGCGGAUGAGAAGCUACUAGCAAUGCUGAGGGCGGGUAGAGGGGAGGAGCGAGAUUGUGGGCAGCCAGAAGAGGAAAAAGAGGGUUGA